AUGGAAGGUCAAAACAGUAACAACAGGAACGUCCAGGAAACUCAGCAUGCAAGUGAGUGUGCAGCCUCGAGAGAUGUGAUAGAAACGAGAGUGGGGGCUGGCAUAUAUUGUCCCACAAAUAGGGUGAGUUCUGAAGUCUUUAGUCCGCCAUUUUCCCCUGAGGAGGAUUAUAUCCACGAAGAUGAUAUGCUUGCGGAUAUAGAUAUGGAUCUUGAUGCAACUGAACAACCUUCAGAGGAGGAAGAAGCAAGAGAUGAGGUUGUGCAUGUAAAUGUUGAUAAUUCAACACCUGAAGAAGAUCAUAACGAGGAAGAAGAUUCUGAUAUGGACGAAGAUAUGGAGCUUGAUGUAGAUGAAAUGUCUUACGAGAGAAUUGGAAAUGUCAGCAAUGGAUUGAGGGAGGAGGACAUUUUCUGGCACAUGAAAUGGUACCGUCACAUUACUUUCCUAACAUCUUCUCCAGAAGAGGAAGACCUCUGUGGUAUAUGUUUGGAUGAAUACAUUGAGGGCCAGAAUAUUGGGGAACUUGACUGUGAACACAAAUUUCAUCAUGACUGCAUCAGGAAGUGGCUCAUGCAGAAAAAUAUCUGUCCCAUGUGCAAAAGGACUGGUUUGGCAAUUUGA